CGACGAGGCAUAUAGAAAGUGACUUUUACCGUAGUUUGUGGUCACUCUAUAGUCUAUUCUAUGUUUUACGGUUGCUGUUAUUGACUGGUAUUGCCAGGAAUUGCAAUUGUGUCCAAGUGUGUACUAAUUAAAGGGCAAAAUGCUUACCAGGCGUUUGGCUGUUAGCGCACCAAAGGUUUUAAAGCGCAAUAUUGGCAUUGUUGCACCAGCAUUGCAAAAGGCUAGUGAUCCGAUUCAGCAACUAUUCAUCGACAAAAUUCGUGAAUACAAAUCGAAAAGCGCCAAUGGAAAAUUAGUUGAUCCCACUCCUGAAAUUGAGAAAGAAAGACAAGCAGAACUUGAGAGACUUGCAAAACAAUAUGGUGGUUCAGACAGGAAUCAAAUGUCACAGUUUCCUACUUUCCAAUUUAAAGAACCAGUGAUUGAUGUCAGUUCAAUUAAAAACUAAUGGAUUAAUGAAACUGUAUAUGCAAUUAGAACAUCUGUAAUCAAAUUGUUAUAUUUAAAAUUAAGUUAUCAGUUGUAAAAAUACAAAUAUAUGUAAAAUUAUAAAUGAAA